AUGGCAUUUCUCUUCGUGGUCUUUCGCGUUCGCUGGAUGCGGACUGUCGUCAAUAUCUACCUGAUCAACCUGGCCGUGGCAGACAUUGUGUUCCUGUCUACGGCCAUCGGCGAAAAGCUUGCAUUGUUCGUCAGUCGUCCCGACGUCUAUGACGAAGCACCUAAAGGCGCCGCCGGCUGCAUGUUAAUCUCCUUUAUGAAGGGCUCCUGUUACUUCACCUCCAUCACGCUGGUCACACUCGUCUCCGUGGGGCGAUUCUAUGCCGUCUGCAGACCACAUGAUUACAAACUGAACACCAAACGGCGGACCCUGAAACUGAUUUUUGGAGCUUGGUUCAUCUGUUGUAUCAUAGCAACGCUGUUGAUCCCGUGCAAGGCGACUCUUUUGACAGACGUCUAUUUCAAAGACGACCCAUUUGCCCCGAAUUCGAAUCUACAGGAUAUUCUCAAUAAUCCUGCCUCCAGGAAGACUUGCCGGCCCAUAAGAGACGCUCACUGGGUGGCGUACGCCAGCGACGGAAUCCAAGCGUUGCCAUUCUUGGUAGCAAUGUCCGGCAACAUCGUCAUCUACGUCUGCAUUUUCCGCGCCCUCAACGACCGGGUGUCCAAGACCAGCCGGCACAACUCCCGCGAACGUAAAACUGAGAUGAGAGACCGGGUCAGCCGCAUGCUGAUCGCUAACGGGACUAUCUUCUUCCUCUGCCUGGCCCCGUUCGAACUGACAUCCCUCUGGGCCAUGAUCCGCAGGGACAACAUCUACUACUACGGUGUCAGCUCCACCAGGCGGACCUGGGCCCAGUUCUGCCGCGUCAUGAUGUACCUCAACUCAGCCGUCAACCCCAUCAUCUACAACAUCACCAACCCCAGGUACCGCCAGGCGUUCCUGCGAGCCUUCAGAAAGAAGCAGGACCGGCGUCACGAGUCCAAGACUCCGUCCACUGUCCAACUCAGCCACCUGCGCGGCGAGAGUCAAGAAAGCAAGGCCAAGAAGGAAGUAUCGCACUCACAGUCACAUUCACAGUCACACUGA